AUGGGAGAAGGCUCUGGAAGCUUACAUGGUAAGAAUGGCGCUUCAAAAUUACUUGCUGUAACGAACUUGUCGACUGACCCAGAACCGCUAUCAGAUGAGAUGAUUGGCCAUCAGAUGAGAUGCUUGGAAGCUUUAGGCCGUUGGAGUGAAUUGAAUGAGCGCGCAAGGACAGUGAAGAAAAAGGAUCAAAAAGUUGCAGUUAUGGCUGCACGGGGCGCAUGGGCUGUUGCGGUGAAAAGAGAUCAGUAUGAUGUAGCAAUGAAUUAUAUCGACAAAGUACGUGAUAUGUACGAUGGUGAGUUAACAGCGAUGGCAAGUGAAAGCUACGAGAGAGCGUAUGGAGCAAUGGUAUGCGUACAACAACUGGCUGAGUUAGAGGAGGCAAUGGAGUUCAAGUUGAGACCUGAACGACAAACUCGAAUUGCUUUACUAUGGAGCAGACGUCUUCAGGGGUGCCGCGAGAAUAUCGAACAAUGGCAAAGGCUACUUAUGAUAAGAUCUUUGGUACUAACCCCACAAGAAAUGCAUCCGCUGCGUGUGAAAUUCUCGUCGCUUUGCCGUAAGCAAGGGAAACAUGUGAUGUGCCGAGAUGUGCUUAGAGAACUGCUGGGACUAGAACCCGGAGCACCUUUACACAAAGCAGUAGCACCAAGUGAUAAACCGCAGCUGGUACUAGCUCUCUGCAAGCAGCUAUGGAUGGAUGAUUACCGUAAUGAGGCUGUGAGAACUCUUGAGGCAUUAGUAAAUCAUCUAGACCGUCUGCCACCAAAUCAUACCCCAGAAGCCGCAAGAUUAUGCGCCAAGGCAUGGCAUAAACUAGCCUCAGCUUACUUUUCUGCGUUAUCUCGAGAAAAAGAACUGUCGCAAGCUGUAGCCGCGGCUGCCGUGAGAUCACCUCAUACUCGACUCAUGCAUCCAACUCCACCACCACUAAUACCGCAACCAGCUAUGGGGCUCAUGCCGCCGGUUGCAGCGCAAGUCCAACCUACGCCAAUCCCUCCACAGGCAAUGCCACCGCAGGCUAUGAUGCCAGUGACA